GUGCCUCCUCUGCUCCUUUGGGAAAGCCCCACCUGUCUUGAGGUCCCCCACACCUGUGCUUCCCAGCACCUCGGAGACCCCAGAACCACUGAACAAAGAACACUGGGGUCCUGGGCUGCCACACGGAGGACCCCAGGGUGGCAGGCUCACAACAGCACAGGCGUCCUCCUACAGCUCCCAGGGCCGGGAGCCUGAAACCAAGGUGUCCACAGGGCCCUGCUGCCCCCAGAGGCUCUGGGCAGAGCCCUUCCGCCUUUCCAGCUCCCCCUGGUUCCCGUGCUCCUCGGCCUGUGGCCCCAUCACUCUGGCCUCUGCCUUCAUCUCAUGCCGAGAUCCCUGAAGCGGGCCCAGCUCUGUUCACUGCUCCCCCGGCCUCCUGCUGUUUCCCACACGCAGCCACGGUACAGGGCAGCUCAUCCAACCACCUCCCCAACCGCAGCCUCCAGGGAUGUACACCCUGCCUCAGGGGCUCUGCCUGGGUCCUGGCUGGUGGAGGGCACAGCCGUCAGGGAAGGCCCUCAGCUGCAGGAUGCCGUGCCACGGAGACCAACCAGGCCCUCUAAGGCACUGUGGCCGGCCCAGAUGUCAGCAGCUCCAGAAAUUAGGCUGGGACAGAUGGUGCCUGGUGACGCAAGGGGACUGUGGGGGCCACAGGGGACCCUGCUCACCUGGACCUACCGUGGAGGCCAGGGAGGGAGAUGGACUCGAAGGGCGGAAGGGCCCAGAGAAGGCACAUUUGCAGAGCAGCGGCCGCAUUUCCAGAGCUCGGGAGCCCAACAGGAAUCCCGUCUGGCCAUGGGACCACCGCCCUUGGGGCUGGGGGAUGCUGCAGGGGACGGCAGAGGGCAGACAGGCCAGGAAAAGGGGAGGGCAGAGGGCAGACAGGCCAGGGAGAGCGCCUGCAAGUGCCCAAGGAAGGGACCAAGCCCGGGCCCCUGGACCAGAGCGGCCGCCUGGUGGGGCAGGCUGGAAGGGGCCAAGGCCAGCGCCAAGGGGGAGCAGGUGAGGGACCCUGGUGGGCAUCUGUGGGAACAAGGCCACGUUUCUCCCUGCGCACGCUUUAAUCAAGGACAUUCCUGUGGUUCUCGAAAAGUGUCGCACAUUACAUGGGUGUCGUGAGCUGGGCUCCGUGAGAGUGUGCGGGUGGCUGGGGGCAGCAAGGGAGCAGCAAGGCCUCAA